AUUGCAUCGGCGGUACUAUUCCUAAAAGUUAAAAAAAAAUAACCACCUCUAAUUGCGACGAACGAGUAAACUGGUAAUUUAAAAAACGAAUCGACCCUUAGCGUCAAACAUUCCGUCAAAAUUUACGUUAAAAAAGCAUCACUUCAUAUCGAAUUCAAUUACAAUCGAAACGAUGAAUCCAAACUACUACAAGAGAUUCGACCACUACAAGAAGAACGCGCCGUUCGUGUACCAGCAAAAUUUCCAAAUAUCCCAAGAUUCCGAUCGAAUGGUCAUCAACAAGACGCCCAGACGCGAGCCGAAAAUCGUCAACAUAAACAGUCUCAAGAAAUUCGAAUUGCUCGAAAACCGAGUCAAGAAAUACCUGUCGGAUUUCGUCAAGACCACGGAGAAACAGGCCGACAACGAACCGUCCGAUUCGGAUGAAAAUUCCAGCGAGCCCGAACAGAGCACGUCGAAUGCCGGGUGGAAAAACGAUCCCAUCGUGGCUUACCCCGCUAAAAUCGUCGAAGAACAACCGCCGAUCAUCAUGAAAAAAACGAUACCGUACGAAGUAGAGAAAAUCCACGACAUGCUCCCGACGAAUUUGGAAAAGAAAAUCAACGACAUCGAAGAGAAAACCAAAAACAUCCAAAAGUACAAUCAAAUCCUGGAGGAGCGCUACAAGAAGACCAAUGCCGACGAUAGCGACAAGUACGUACCGAAAACCAAACGAUCGAUUCUCGAAGAGGUGAAAAACUUGGAAUCCAUCAUGGAGAAGAAAUUCAACGACGGACAAGCGAAGGAGAACAACGCCGACUAUCAACAGUGCCACUUUAUACUGCAAGAAUGCAUCGAUAUGCUCAACGGCACCAUUAAAGAGGAGAAAAACGAUAACAUGAAACUAAUAGAAGUGCCGUACUCGAAAAAGAAAGACUUAACCGAACCCAAGCAAUUCAAAAACUUCCAAGAUCUAUCAGACGACGAAUUCUUCAGGCAAUACAAUCUCAACCUAUACGAUGACGAUGAACUAGAAGCAGACGAUAACGAUGAUGAGAAAGAAGUAGUCAAAGGUUUGAAUUACGAAGAAUACGCCGAGCAAGAGGAAGACGUCGACCGCGAAAUGGCCCGACUGGGUCUACACCCGAUGAAAAAUGUAGCAUCGGAAGACGACGGUCUGCCCGGUAUGCCGCAGAGGGCCUACAAAAACGUAUCUCUAAUGGACGCAGACGAAAUUGAUGCGACCAAAACGUUCAAAUGCGACAAAGAGAAACUGUUCCAGAUCAAAGACGAAUUGGCGCACCUCGAGCAAAACAACAUGCAAUUCCUGAGCACUCUAACCAACCUAAAAUCCACCCUGAAAAUGAAGAAUCUAGAAGAGGACGACGUGAACGGGUACGAAUUCGCCGAAGACAUCAGCAAGAUGAACAAAUUCACGAAGGACUUCGAGGAAAGCGAAAAACUCGUCGACAGAUUGAUACGAAAGAUCAACAAGCAUACCAGAUACAACAUUUAAUAUGUCGUUAUAGAACUCUUACCUGUAGGAAUACCUCCUACGGUU